AUGAAUGAUUCUGAAGAUUCCGAGGGAGCCGCUGCGCAUUUUAUCGACUCAAUCCGUCACGUCGAAGGCCUGAGCAGGAGCAAAGACCAGAUGGACGGCACAGGGAUGAGCGUGGGGAGCAGAAAAGGGGUGAACGUGACGGGAAAAAACAUGUCCCCUAUCGACUGGGUUGAUGGACGGGGUCCAAACAAAUCUCCAGUCCCUCCUAUGUCCGGGCGACCUCCACCUGAGCUGUUUGACCAGCCUGGGAUGGAGGAACCAGAUGACUUGAUUCAGGCUCCACACAGGCAGACUGUGGAGGAGCUCAAGAGCUUCCUGAGGGAUGUUCCGGCUCUCCACCCUGCGGGAAGUCCUUACUCCUACCUGCAUGGCGGCAGCGGUGGGCCCGGUAGGCAACGGUGCGAUGUCAGCCCACAAAGAGUGUUCAGUACCUUCAAACCUCAGUCUGACGCUUCCAGAAAGGGGCCCGGAUCAAGAGAGAGCUCUUCCAUUCAAUUGCCUCCCAUCGUGGAUUCAUCCAGCUUGUUCAGGUCUGAUGCCAACACUAAUAGGCAGCCGGAAUUCCCGACGCACACAUGCAACAGCAGCGGCUCCCGCGGAGACACCAAAACGCCUCAUACAGAUAACGGAAGCGAGAGCCUGGACACAUCAGGGAGUCAAAAGUUCAUCUCCAGCAUGGAGACUAUCAAGCAGCAGAUGGCCAGGGAGAACGUCAGCUUUGUCCGAUUCGAGGCAACCGACCUGCAUGGGGUGUCCAGAUCCAAGACCGUGCCUGUCCGCUUCUUCCAUGAAAAAGCCGUGUAUGGCAUCCCGAUGCCAAGAAGCUACUUGGAGCUGACGCUGAGUCCAAAGAGCAACGAAGUGGACCACGCCAACGCCGCCAACUUCAGCAGCGACAUCCUCCUGAUCCCGGACCUGUCCACCUUCCGGAUCCUCCCGUGGGCCGAGCAAACGGCGAGGGUCAUCUGCGACCCUUGCACGGUGACGGGCGGCCCCCUGCGGACGUCCCCCCGCCUCCUGGCCAAACAACUCCUGGGCCAACUCCAGAGCCUGGGCUUCUCCCUGCACUCCUCCUUCACCUACGAGUGUUGCGUCCUGGGUGCGCCGGACCGCAUCGGGCCCAAGACGUUGCUGUUUCCCGCCACCACGCUACUGGGUAACCACGACCUGCCCUUCUUCCAGCAGCUGGUGGACGGCAUGUACUGCAUGGGCGCCGACGUUGACAGCAUGGCUUCGGCCAGUGGGCCCGGCCAAAUGGAAAUCAACCUGAGGCCCGAGUUUGGUAUCGCGGCGGCCGACAGCGCCUUCACCUUCCGCACCGGCAUCAAGGAGAUGGCCCGCAAACACAGCUACAUCGCAAGCUUCUUCACGGACGACGGCCUCUACAACGCCGGCGUCCUCUCCCACAGCCUUUGGGAUGUCAACGGACGGCGCAGCCUGUUCCAAAGCGGCGAGAAGGCAGCGGGCGAGCUGUCUGAAAUCGGUCGCAAGUGGCUGGCCGGGCUCCUGACUCACUCGGCCGCGCUCAGCUGCCUCAUGUCGCCGGGCCUCGGGUGCAGGAGCCACAUGGCGAAGUCCGUCAAGGACCCCAAGCGGAUGCUGUACGCCACCUACGGUUUCAACGACAACAGCAGCUCCUUCAACGUCAAGUCCCACGGCGGGCGCGAGACCCACAUCGACAACAAGUUGGGCUCGGCCAUGGCCAACCCGUACGUGGUUCUGGCGGCCACCGUCGCCGCCGGACUGGACGGCGUCCGCCGCAACCUGACCUUCGAGGGCAGCGUCCACAAGGCGCCCAGUCAACAGAAGGACUUCGCCAUUCCCGUUAAACUGGAUGACGCCCUGGAGGCCCUGGGCGAGGACCACAUCAUCCGCAGUGCCCUGGGGGAGCCUUUUGUCCAGUACUUCAUCGCCAUGAAGAAGUUUGAGAUCGAGACCCAGGAACUGGAUGACGAGAGGAACAAAUGCCUAGAGUACUUUAUCUAG